UGAUUCAAGCAACACCUUCCAUUAUGGCAACCACGGGCAUGCAGUUGAUGGGCCUGAUCUUGUCCAUUGUAGGCUGGGUAGGUGGUGCAGUGGUCUGUGCCAUCCCCCUUUGGAGGGUCACUGCUUUCAUAGGCAACAACAUAGUGACGGCUCAAAUCAUCUGGGAAGGCCUGUGGAUGAAUUGCAUAGUGCAGAGCACAGGUCAGAUCCAGUGCAAGGUGUAUGAUAGCUUACUGGCUCUGCCCAGCGACAUGCAGGCCGCCCGUGGCCUCACUGUAUUCUCCAUCCUUCUCUGUGGUGUCGCUCUGGCUCUGGGGGUCCUCGGAGUCAAGUGCACCAAAUGUAUAGGCGUCAACAGCCUCAAGGCCCGCAUCGCUCGCAUUUCUGGUGCCAUGUUUGCCAUCGCAGGGUUCCUUUACCUCGUUCCUGUCUGCUGGACGGCCCAUUCCAUCAUAAGGGAUUUCUACGACCCACAUGUGGCGGCUCCACACAAGCGAGAACUCGGCCCUGCCCUCUACAUCGGCUGGGUGGCGUCAGCUUUGCUUCUGAUUGGUGGUUCUCUGCUCUAUGGGGGGUCCAGUCCCCCUGGAAUCCCGGGUUCUCCCACCUUCAGCAGCGGAGAAAGCAGUCCCCGCAGAGCUCCCGCAACACAGGUCAAAGGUUACGUCUGAAACGCCUCAAGAGCUUCAAAUCCACCCCAAAUUAUGACAUUAUGACUCAUUUUUGCUCCUCUUGAGUUCGCUCCUUUUCAUAAUUAUACAUAUAAUGUUUCUCCAGUUUACUUUUUUCUUUAAAAAAAAGCUACAUGAAUCUUUUUCGAGAAAAUGUAAUUUUUUUAUGAUUUCAUACCCAAUUUUUUUUUAAUAACAUUUUUUUCUGUCUGUCUGUCCAAUACAAUAAAAGUUGUAUCCUCUAAUGAGGAAAA